GGGUCCUCCUGCGACCUAGGUCUUUUGUCCCAAAUAUUCUGUUCCUUUUUGGUGAUCUACUCGGCAGCCCUCAUCUUCUUGUUUGUCCUUCCUUCCAUAUCGUCCACUCAGAGUCUAGAGGAGGAUAAUGCCGCCCAGAGUAGGUAAUAGAAGUCGGGGCCGUGGUGUUCGUACAGCUAGAUUAGCUGAUAUUGGUAGACCUCCUAGGGAUCCUGCAGUUGCACCUCCGCCUCUUGAAGGGGUGGCAGAUCUUGAGCUAUCUGAGAGCCGAGAAGGACAUGGAGAAUCUGUUUCUCAUGGUGUUGAAUCAAGGGCAUAUCCGACUACACCAUCGCCUUCCUCGGCACCUGCAGUUGCACCUCCUGUUGCACCUGCAGUUCCACCUUUUGUUCCACCUGUAGCACCAGCCCAUCCUUUCCAGAUAAAUGCAGACUUGGGUGCUUUUGUGGCACAAGUAGUUACAGCAGCUGUUACAGCCAAACCUAGAGAUCCGUGGGAGAUAGUGGAUCGUGCUAGACGUUUGGGAGCUUAUGAUUUUGAGGGUUCCUCUGAUGCUGACAUUGCAGAUAAAUGGUUAAAGAAAGUGCUAAAAGUGUUUGAAUUAAUGAAGUUGACUGAUCCAGAGAAGGUAGAUAAUGUACAUGGGUUGCUUCAGAGUAAGGCUGAUGCUUGGUUUGAUGGCAUUCGUCGCAGACAUGGAGUCAGACUGACUUGGGAUCAAUUUAUACAUGAAUUUCGUCAGGAAUAUUUGUCAGAAAGUUACAGGAAAGGAAAACAGGAUGCUUUUUUCAGGUUGUUUCAGGGAAGCCUCUCAAUAAGAGAGUAUGUUGACAAGUUUGAAGAUCUUUAUUGCUUUGUUUCAGAUAUAUUGCCUUCUGAGGAAGCAAAAUGUGACAGAUUCAGACAGGGCCUACAUGUUAGUAUCAGAUCAUCUAUGACCUGGUUCAGAGGUAACAACUUCAGAGAGUUGGUGGAAGCAGCUUUGAAUGUUGAAAAAGUUAAGCAAGAAGAGAAAGAGUAUGAACAGAAGAUGAGUAGAAAGCAUUUGCAGGGCUCACAGGGGUUCAGAGAAAGACCAGCUAAGAGAGGGAGCAGUUCAUUUCAGCCCCAAGCUGGAUACAGUGGUAGUGGUAGAGGUUCCUUUGUUAACACAGAGCAACAGGUUGCUCGACCACAAUCCAGUCAGAGUUCAGUAGCACAACCAGUGGGUAGUUCCUUUGGGACACAGAAACGUGGACAAGGACAAGGAUAUGAUUCUGGGUUUGAAUAAAG